AUGACCUGGGAGGAAUUUCGGGACUUGUUUAAUGCCAAGUAUUACAAUGAGGUGGUCCGCGGUGCAAAGCGAAAAGAGUUUGUGGAAUUGGUACAGGGCGAGAAUAUGUCAGUGACUGAAUACACAACCAAGUUUGAUCACUUGGCUAAAUUGGCCUAUGGGAUUGUACCAACGGAUUUCAGUAAAAAGGAGAAGUACUUGGCGGGAUUGAAUCCCAAGAUUAAGCAUGAUCUGGUUAUCACUACAAAUGACACUACAACUUAUGCCGAAAUGGUUGAUAAGGCUCUUCGAGCUGAAGGAGCAGUUAAGUUCUUGCAAGAAACCCGAGAGACUCCUGGUGUUGGUGGGACCACUACUCUCCCUAUUUCUGGCCCUGGAAAAGAGAGUGGUGAUCCCACUUUUGAACAAAAGAAGAGAACUUUCCCAUCAUCGAGAAGUUCAGGGCAAGGUAAAAGGUUUCGAGAAAACCAGGGUAAAGGGGGAAGUCAGACUUACUCCUAUCUUGAGUGCCCGCGCUGCAAGAAACAUCAUCCCAGGACUUGUAACCGGAGAGCUUGCUUUCAGUGUGGAUCACUAGGGCACCUCAAGAAAUAUUGUCCCCAGUUGAAGAAAGAGGAACCUAAGCCUGAAGUUAAGCCUGCACCAGCACGUGUAUUUGCUAUCACUCAGGCUGAUGCUGCCGCCAACCCUUCAGUGGUCACAGGUCAGCUACUUAUAAAUGGUUUUGUCUUUAUUGUUUUAUUUGAUUUGGGUGCUACACGAUCAUAUGUAUCAUUGAGAGUUCUUAAUCAACUUGGUAGACCUAGUGAUGCUUUUGAGAUGUGA